UUUGUCCAGAUCGGAUCAACCCACCCUGGUUUUACACAAUGUCCAUUGCAUCCCCCUUUGCAAAGAAGCUGAUGGAUGUCAGUGCACACUCAGGUUUCAAAUGGCCAUUCCCAGAGGUCAAAAAGGGGAUUGCUCCAUAUCCCUCCUCCUUUGCGUGGAGGGUCAGGUCCACUGCAGCCAUUGCUCUUGUGGGAUGCUUCAGCAAAAUCUGGAUGACAUGGUUCAACCAGUUGAACGUGCACAACAAAGAGAUCCUCAUAGAAGCAGUUGAGAAUAGGCCACCAAAGAAGCCAUUGAUCACCAUUUCCAAUCAUCUCAGCUGCAUGGAUGACCCUCUUCUUUGGGGAGUGCUCAGGAUGAAGACGCUGAUGAAUCCCCAGAAGAUGCGGUGGGCUCUUGCCGCUCACGACAUCUGCUUCACCAAUCCCUUCUACGCCUGGUUCUUCAGCAGUGGACGAUGCAUCCCCGUCAUCAGAGGCUCUGGGAAGGCAAUGGAUUUCUGCCUCGAGAUGCUGAAUCGGGGACAGUGGGUGCACAUCUUCCCCGAGGGACGCGUGAACGCCGACCACGAGCCGAUGAGGCUGAAGUGGGGAGUCGGUCGGUUGAUCUCCGAGCUCUCCGACCCGCCGCUGGUCGUCCCCAUGUGGCAGGAGGGCAUGGACGCGGUCCUUCCCAACCGCCAGCCCUACGUCCCCCGCACGGGCAACCGGGUCACGCUCAACCUCGGUCGACCGAUGGACUUCUCCGCCCUGCUCAGGCGGCUGAGGGAGGACGGAGCGUCGGCGAUGCAGAAGAGGCGAGCCGUCACGGACGCGAUACAGUCGGAGCUCCGGCUGCUCCGGACCGCGACGCGGGAACUCCACCGUGCGUCGCUUCGCCAGCAGGAGAGCCUGACCCCCGAGUCCCUCUCGACCGCGCUGGUGCUCGUCCUCCCCGGCCCCCAAGAGAAGUUCACCGCCGCGGAAUGCACCGCCCUGAAGCAGUACGUGGACGGCGGCGGCCGGCUCCUCGUCCUCAUGGGCGAGGGCGGCGAGAACAAGUUCAAGACGAACAUCAAUUUCCUGCUCGAGCAGUACGGCAUCUCCGUCAAUAACGACGCGGUGGUACGGACGAACUACUACAAGUACUAUCACCCGAAGGAGUGCGUGAUCCCCGACGGGAUCCUGAACCGGGGCGUCUCGAAGGCGGCCGGCGCCCUCACCGACGCCUACGCGGAAACAUCCUCCGCCAAACAAGCCUUGACGUUCCUGUACCCGUUCGGCGCCACGCUGAACGUGAUGUCCCCCUCCGUGCCGAUCCUCACGACCGGCACCACCUCCUUCCCCCUUAACCGCCCGGUUUGCGCCGCUUACCAGGACCCAAAGACCCGGGGGAAGAUCCUCGUCCUCGGCUCCCUCGAGUUUCUCUCGGACCAUUACGGCGACAAGGAGGAGAAUGCGAGGAUCCGGGACGUGCUCUUUGCCUUCCUCACGUCCGAUGAGGUGUCCUUCCUCAAUUCGGACGCCGAGGACCCCGAGAUCUCGGACUACCACCGGAUCCCGGACACGGGCCGGCUCGCCUCGAACCUCCGCGCCUGCCUCCAGGAGUCGGAGGACGUGCCGACCGACUUCACGCAGCUGUUCGACAACCAGUGCUACGCCAUGGACACGCGCGUCCUCCCGGCCGCCGUGAGGGCGUACGAGCAGCUGGGCGUGAAGCACGAGCCGCUCAGGCUCAUCACGCCGCAGUUCGAGACGCCGCUGCCGCUGCUUCAACCGGCGGUGUUCCCGCCGUCGUUCCGCGAGCUGCCGAACCCCUCGCUCGAGCUCUUCGACCUGGACGAGGCCUUCAGCUCCGAGAAGGCCCGGCUCGCGCAGAUCACCAACAAGUGCUCCGACUCCGACCUGGAGUACUACAUCCGGGAGUGCGGGGAGAUCCUGGGGGCGACGGCGAGGAUCCCGCCGGGGUCCCGGGACGCCAAGCGGGUCCUGGAGUUCCUGUUUUUCCAGCUCGUCGAGUUCAAGAAACUCAACCCGGGUGGAGAAUUCGCGGAGUCGGCAACCACUCUCACCGGGUCCCUGUCCUGAUCGGGUCGCGGUGACGUCGUGCUCUAAGAUUGAGACUUGACUGUGAU